AUGGCGAACGUCAAUCAAGUUGCAGAUCCGGUCGCGCUGCCUUUAGUUCCUUGCCCGGACUGUGGAAAGCAGGUGGUGACGUUCGUGGCGAGGCGCGGCCAGUUCGAGGGUGAGAGGUUCUACAAGUGCCGCAAUCACAAUCCGGGAAGAGGAGGAUGCGAUUUCUACAGGUGGCAAGAAGCAUAUGCGGGACACCUGGCUGGGCUUGGACCGGCGGCACCUCCGCUGGCGCAAGUCAAUCCAGGCGAAAAUGAGGUAGUUCCAGCAAUUGAAGGUGGUCAGAUGCAGCCGGCGGACGGCGCGGCGGGGCAGCAGAACAGGGCACCGGAUGGAUCGCAGCUGCCGUCGGCGGCAAGUGGCGUUGCUGGAUCUCAUAUCCGAGCGGGGGAUGUUGGUCGACGUCAGAUCUCCUUCACUCUCAAUGCCGCAUCUAUCAAUCUUGUGGUGUCUCUUGGGAAUAUGGACAUCUGCAUCUGCAUCCUUGUACUGCUAGUGUGUUCCACGAUGAUGCGUGCGUUUGAUUAGAUGGAUCUAAGAACACUAAGGUUAUGUAGUAGAUGAGCUAGCUCAGCGAACAUCAUGGGCUAAUUAGCUUUAGAUUAGUAUGUGGGGGAAGGAAUCUGUGAUGGCUCGUGGAGAUUUUGGAUGCAUGUUUGGGUGACUGGAUGCCUAGUGCUAA